AUGGCCUUGACUGACCGCGGCUGGAGCCUGCCGAAGCGCUUCGGGGCCGCGGCUGCAGACGCCGGUGACUCCGGGGCCUUUCCAGCACGGGAGCCCUCCACGCCGCCUUCUCCCAUCUCUUCUACGUCCUCCUGCUGCUCCCGGGGCGGGGAGCGCGGCCCCGGCGGCGCCGGCAACUGCAGGACGCCGCAGCUCGACACGGAGGCGGCGGCAGGCCCCCCGGCCCGAUCGCUGCUGCUCAGCCCCUACGCCUCACAUCCCUUCGGGGCUCCCCACGGACCUUCGGCGCCCGGGGUCGCUGGCCCCGGGAGCGCCCUGUCCAGCUGGGAAGACCUGCUGCUCUUCACUGACCUGGACCAGGCCGCGACCGCCAGCAAGCUGCUGUGGUCCAGCCGCGGCGCCAAGCUGAGCCCCUUUGCACCCGAGCAGCCCGAGGAGAUGUACCAGACCCUCGCUGCCCUCUCCAGCCAGGGCCCGGGCGCUUACGACGGCGCGCCCGGCGGCUUUGUGCACUCGGCAGCCGCGGCGGCCGCAGCGGCAGCCGCGGCAAGCUCCCCGGUCUACGUGCCCACCACCCGUGUGGGGUCCAUGCUCCCCGGCCUGCCGUACCUGCAGGGGGCGGGUAGCGGGCCUGCCAACCACGCGGGCGGCGCGAGCGCGCACCCCGGCUGGCCCCAGGCCUCGGCCGACAGCCCUCCAUACGGCAGCGGUGGCGGCGCAGCGGGCGGCGGGGCAGCUGGGCCCGGCAGCGCCAGCUCGGCCGCCGCGCACGUCUCGGCGCGCUUCCCCUACUCACCCAGCCCGCCCAUGGCCAACGGCGCGGCGCGGGAGCCGGGGGGCUACGCGGCCGCCGGCGGCGCGGGCGGUGCGGGUGGCGUGAGCGGCGGCGGCGGCGGGAGCCUGGCGGCCAUGGGCGCCCGCGAGCACCAGUACAGCUCGCUGUCGGCAGCGCGGCCGCUGAACGGGACGUACCACCAUCACCACCACCACCAUCCGAGCCCCUACUCACCCUACGUGGGUCCACCGCUGACGCCCGCCUGGCCUGCAGGACCCUUCGAGACCCCGGUGCUGCACAGCCGCGCCGGAGCCCCGCUGCCCAUGCCGCGGGGCCCCAGCGCAGACCUGCUGGAGGACCUGCCCGAGAGUCGCGAGUGCGUGAACUGCGGCUCCAUCCAGACGCCGCUGUGGCGGCGGGACGGCACCGGGCACUACCUGUGCAACGCCUGCGGCCUCUACAGCAAGAUGAACGGCCUCAGCCGGCCCCUGAUCAAGCCACCGAAACGUGCGCCUGCAUCACGGCGGCUUGGAUUGUCCUGUGCCAAUUGUCACACCACAACCACCACCUUGUGGCGCAGAAACGCUGAAGGUGAACCCGUGUGCAAUGCUUGUGGACUCUACAUGAAACUCCAUGGGGUGCCUCGGCCGCUUGCUAUGAAAAAAGAGGGAAUUCAAACGAGGAAACGAAAACCAAAGAACAUAAAUAAGUCAAAGACUUGCUCUGGUAAUAGCAAUAAUUCAGUUCCUAUGACUCCAACUUCCACCUCCUCCAACUCAGACGACUGCAGCAAAAACGCUUCUCCUGCUACACAACCGACAGCCUCAGGGGCAGGUGCCUCCUCAGUGAUGUCUGGCCCAGGAGAGAGCACGAACCCCGAGAACAGCGAACUCAAAUACUCAGCUCAAGACGGGCUGUACAUAGGAGUCAGUCUGGCCUCCCCGGCGGAAGUGACGUCAUCUGUGAGACAGGAUUCUUGGUGCGCUCUGGCUCUGGCCUGAGCCCGCAGCCACAGGAAGCUGGGAGAGUCCACCAUGGCCCUCAUGUGACUUUUGUAUUAUUUUAUGAAGCAGUCCAAACAGUGGCAAGUACGCUGACAGAACAUUCCUCUGACGCGUUAUUUCUGUGCCUUUAUUUUGAAAGAGAUGCAUUUCCAAAGAGGCUUGCUCCGCCUUACCAUCGGGUCCCUCGUGAGAGAAGAUGGGGUUCUUCCGGGGGAAAGGUCAGCGGAGCCCAAGAGCACACCGUUCUCUUCCCCUUGCCAGGACCCUGGUGCUGCACUCCCAGCCAGCCUGCCUCUGGGCUCACGCGGGGAUUUAGUGUCCAUUGCGACACUUCCGGAAACCGGGACUGGGACCGGGGCCUUUCCUGCUAAGGAAUAUUGAGAAAGAUUUUUAGAAAAGGUUUUAUGUGUGUUGUCCCAAAUCAUGUGCUUCUGGUCGAUUUUGGUUAUUCGCGAAUUUCUUCAUACCUUGUCCAGAUCCAAAUUUCACAUGCGUUCGUGGAGAAGAUCAUUUGAGCGUUUCGGCACAUCUCUGGAGGCUGAGUUGGUUCAUGAGGUCUCUUGUCAAAAAUAUUACUCAGUUGGCAAGACUGCAUUAUAACGUUAACAUACACUGUGACUGAAGUUUUUCAAAGUUCAUAUUGUGUGGCUGAUCUGAAGUCGGUCAGAAUUUGUAAACAGGGUAGCAAACAAGAUAUUUUUCUUCCAUGUAUACAAUCAUUUUUUUAAAAGUGCAAUUUGCGUUGCAGCAAUCCAGUGUUAAAUCAUUUGCAUAAGAUUUAACAACAUUUUUUAUAAUGAAUGUAAACAUUUUAACUUAAUGGUACUUAAAUAAUUUAAAAGAAAAAUGUUAACUUAGACAUUCUUAUGCUUCUUCUACAACUACAUCCCAUUUCUAUGUUUCCAAU